CGCUGCCGAGGUCGCACUGGUUUGAACGGCAUAUAGACAUACUCUGUUGUGUCUGGAGCUGCACUUCAACAGUCAGCAGUGUUCGCUAUAGAGGUGACUCUACAGCGAUUCGCAACGAUGAGUUCUGCGCCUUCUGAGGCACCGGAAGAUGCUUGGAAGGUGUCCGGUGUGCGUGUGAUACCAGCUGAUUCUCUGGACGGAAACACUCCGCAAACACCAGGCAUGGAUCGUAGGGCCGCAAUCAACUUUGCCCGGGUCGGCGCACAAAAGCUGUGGGCUGGAACGGUCCACAUCCACCCAGAUGCAAAAACCGGUGCACAUCACCACGGCCAUCUGGAAAGUGUGAUCUACGUCCUCAAAGGCAAGGCCCGGAUGCGAUGGGGCGAGAAGCUGGAGUUUACUGCUGAGGCAGGGCCUGGUGACUUCAUAUACGUACCUCCUUACGUACCACACCAGGAGAUCAAUGCGUCUGUGGAUGAGAAGCUGGAAUGCGUGCUUAUGCGCAGCGACAGCGAAGCGAUAGCCGUCAAUCUCCCAGAAAUUGAGCCGGUUGAAAAGCCGGAGACAGUACACUGGGUCGAUCCUACACAUCCGCACCCAGGUCAUCACUCACAUUGAGUCGUGCCGCUCUCUAGAACCACACGAACAUGCAGCGCGGACGAAGUAUCGCGUGUCGAAGAUGGUCCGGUUUCAUGCUAUUUACGAAGGUUAGUGUGGCUCCCCAAUAUCCUCAAACCCAAUCGUUCCGUAUGUUGGCCAGGAAUCGCUGGGUCAUGCUUCCAGGUCGGUGCUGUUGGGAUGCAACAGACGGUGCCAACGUAGUUGCAGGAGCGCGAAUCCUCGGGACUGGACAGACUGCGGACCUCCGCCACAAGCCUUCACCGGAUAGAGACCAGUAUUGGCGAUUCGUAUGGACGAACCAAGCGUGUCGACGAAUUAAACUGUAUAAG